AACAGAGAGGGCGGAUCACGUAAUAAAAGGGAAACGACAAGGGCAAAUUGCAACUGGACUCCGUCCAAAUGAGUUUUAAGCAAGUUGAUAAUCCCACUUGCAGAGAAGCCAGCGUAAGCGCUGUGCUUUAAUAUUGUCUUUAAGAGUUUUUUCUCCGAGGAAAUCACAACUUGACAAAGAUUUAUCUAUAUUCCCUUUUCUCUCUCUACAUAUAUAUGCACUUUUGUAUUGAUAUAUAUAUCUCCAAUAAUCUGCAUUUUACUCAUUUAUGUAUGAUCUCCAUUCUCACCUCUUUUUAUUCAAGAAGAGAAGAGAAAGGAUGCCUUCUUCACUUCAGCUGCAUAGAAUCAACACAAGCACCGCCACAUCCACCGCCACACUCGCCGGAAACUACCGCAAGCAACAAUCGCAAUCACAGCCUACAUGGAUCACUCCUGUUUCCGUUUCUGUCCCUGACUACGUAAUGCAUUAUCACACCCACGUUGUGGGUCCCAAUCAGUGUUGCUCCGCCGUUGUACAAGCCGUCUCCGCCCCAACCGACAUCGUGUGGUCCCUCGUCCGCCGCUUCGAUAACCCGCAAGCAUACAAGCACUUUCUUAAAAGCUGCCACGUCAUCGACGGCGAUGGGAACGUCGGUAGUUUAAGAGAAGUUCGCGUUGUUUCUGGACUUCCCGCGGCUUCUAGUACGGAGAGGUUGGAGAUUUUAGACGAUGAAAAACAUGUGCUCAGCUUUAGCGUCGUCGGCGGCGAUCAUCGGCUUAACAAUUACCGAUCGGUGACGACGCUGCACACGGCGGAUGAUGACGAGAAUAUGACUAUGGUGGUGGAGUCGUACGAGGUUGAUGUUCCACAAGGGAAUACGAAGGAAGAAACAUGCAUUUUUGUGGAUACAAUUGUGCGGUGCAAUUUGCAAUCGCUGGCGCAGAUCGCAGAAAACUUGGCUAAAAGAAAGAAUCAUGAAGACCCAGAACUGAAAAUUCAUAGAUUGGUAGAUUUCGAAGACUGUAAGGUUGGUUCUUGGAAUUGUUACAACGUCGUAGUUUGAUAAUAUUCUACUCUACUAUAUGUGAAUACUUGGUUGUCACCAUCACAUAAAUUACUCUCAGUUACUAUUUUAUUUUUUUAUUUUCUUGUUCUUUCUUUCUUAUGUUUGCUUAGGAGUACCUCCAAAGUUCAUAACAUAUCUUGGGAAUUCCCAAAUCUGGUUAAUUGUUUUUUCCGUCCUGUUAACUUAUGGUUAUUUGUAAUAAUGCAUUUGAAAAAUCAAAUAGAAGGUGCAUUUUUGUGUAUUU